GUUGUGGCAAAAGUCACCCAAGAGUGGGCAAAAUCAGCGUGUGUUGGUAAAAUCAACUGCAACGAGCACAAGAGACACGAACAAGACACUGACGAUGGAUCCCGCUGUGCGAGCGGCAAGGGCCGCACUGGCCAAGAACCCACUGAACGUGGGCGCCUGGAACGAAGUGCUUCGUCUCUCCGUGAGGGAACCGCCCGAGAAGCGCCGAGAGGUGUUCGAGGAAUACCUCGAACUUUUCCCCACAAGAGCCAGCGUGUGGCGACAAUACAUCGAGUUCGAGAUUGCGCACAAGCACUAUGAGCAAACCAAAGAGCUCUUCAAGCGAUGCUUGAUGAAAUGCCCCUUCAUCGGCCUGUGGGAGCUGUACAUCAAGUUUCUCGAAGACACCAACACCCCGCGCGAGGAAAUGCUGUCUGCGUUGAAGCUGGCCGUGGACACAAUGAAGCCUGAUAUCGACUCCUACAGUCUAUGGCGAAAGUACAUCAACCUCUUCAAGAAUGAGCCGACAGAUGGCAAACGGCCCCACGAGGUUUCCCGCCUCACCAUGGACACCAGAUCACUCUACCAGACGAGCAUUGCGCUGCCCCAUCGCGGUGUCGACAAGAUCUGGAAGGAGUACCUUGACUGGGAAACGAACAUGAACCAAGCCAUCGCCUCCAAGUACACCAAAGAAAAGGGACCGCUUCACUCGAACGCACGGGCGGUGACGGCAAAGAUUGAGCAGCUGUGCCGGCGCCUGCGCAAGGACUUCCCGUCGCUGCCACCAGAGAUGCGCGAUGGUAUCCUUGCCGAGCAGCAGCGGCUGUGGGAGCAGCUGGUGGCGUACGAGCGCAGCAACCCGCUCAAGCUGGACCACGACCACCUCGUUGUGGAGCGCGUGUACUUUGUCUACCGCCAGUACCUGCUCUGCUUCAACAGAUACCCAACUGUGUGGUAUGAGGCGGCCAUGUAUCUGCACGACGCUGCACGCGCCGCCCAGACGAAGGGGGAUACGGAGAGCGCUGAGCGGUGGCAGGGGGCGGCCAAUGCGCUGCUGGCGGAGGGGCGGACCGCAUGUCCUGCAGACCUCAUCCUCCAUUUUGCACACGCAGACCUCCUCGAAACACAGGCAAACAUUCCGGAAGCAAAGAAAAUCUACAAAUCGCUAUUGGCGCAGCCAGAUCUGCCCAACGCGACGCUCGUGUAUGUGCAAUUCCUCAAACACACGCGCAGAACCGAAGGCGUCAAGGCCGCGCGAGAGGUGUUCAAGGCAGCGCGGUCUGACGAUCGCGUCGACCAUCACGUGUACACGGCGUCAGCCAUGAUGGAGCUCGCAAGGUUGAAAUGA